CAUUGCCCGAGAAGCUCGAAUUUUGUGCUUCCCUUUUACUUCAGAGUCUUUGUAGCUAGGGUUUUCCAUCGUUUUAUCGGCUGCUGUUUGGUUUUCCCAGCUGUUGGGUCGCGUCCAAUGGGAGUACCAUCGUUCUACCGGUGGUUGGCGGAGAAAUAUCCGUUGAUUGUGCAGGAUGUGAUAGAAGAAGAGCCCGUCGAGAUCAGUGGUGUCAAACUCCCAGUGGACACGAGUAAACCUAACCCUAACGACAUCGAGUAUGACAAUUUGUAUCUCGACAUGAAUGGAAUUAUCCAUCCUUGCUUUCAUCCCGAAGACAUGCCCUCUCCCACUACGUUUUCCGAGGUGUUUCAGUGCAUGUUUGAUUACAUAGAUAGGCUCUUUGCGAUGGUACGUCCUCGGAAGCUUCUAUACAUGGCUAUUGACGGUGUUGCUCCACGGGCCAAAAUGAAUCAACAGAGGUCUAGGCGGUUUAGAGCAGCGAAAGAUGCUGCAGAAGCUGCGGCCGAAGAAGAGAGGUUGCGUGAGGAGUUUGAGAGGGAGGGGAGGAAACUGCCUCCUAAAGUGAAUUCUCAAGUGUUUGAUUCUAAUGUUAUAACUCCUGGAACGGAGUUCAUGUUUACUUUGUCAGUUGCAUUGAAAUACUACAUACACCUUAGGCUAAAUUAUGCACCUGGUUGGAAAAAUAUUAAGGUUAUCCUUUCUGAUGCUAAUGUUCCUGGUGAGGGGGAACACAAGAUCAUGUCAUACAUACGUCUUCAAAGAAACCUUCCAGGCUACGACCCAAACACACGCCAUUGUCUUUAUGGUUUGGACGCUGAUUUAAUUAUGCUCGGUUUGGCCACUCAUGAGGUUCAUUUUGCAAUUCUUCGUGAGAUUGUUUUCACUGCUGGACAAGACAAAUGCUAUAGGUGUGGUGAGGUGGGUCACCGCGCGGCAAAUUGUAGGAUCAAGGCAAAGAGGAAGGCUAAAGAAUUUGAUUCGAAAACUGAUGCAAGUGCUGCUGGUAAAAAGCCAUACCAGUUUCUCAACAUAUGGACUCUUAGAGAAUAUCUGGAGCAUGACAUGCAGAUACCUAACCCCCCAUAUGAAAUUGAUUUGGAGCGCAUUGUUGAUGAUUUCGUCUUUAUCUGUUUCUUUGUGGGGAACGAUUUCUUACCACAUAUGCCAACAUUAGAGAUACGAGAGGGCGCUAUUGAGUUGCUGAUGUCUGUCUACAAGAAUGAAUUUAGAUCAUUUGGUGGUUAUUUAUCCAAAGCAAGCAAGCUAAACUUGAAGAAAGUCGAGCAUUUUAUUCAAGCUGUUGGAUCAUAUGAAAAUAGCAUAUUUCAGAAGAGAUCAAGACUACAUCAGAGACAAGCGCAAAGGAUCAUGCGUGGCAAUGCUCUAACAAGCGGGAAGUAUCAUGGUUCUCGCCUUGCUUCUGCUCUGCAGCCUUCAGCAUACAAGGAGAAUAUAGAUGUUGCUCAUCCCCAGAAAGUUCGUCGUCUGGCUUUGGAGGAUAAUGUCAAUGUGGGUAGUGUUGACACAGACACUAACCACGAAACAGAAGCUUGUAAUGUUUCUAAGGAGGAACUGGAGAAUGAAGAAGAAUUGAAGUUUAAUCUUAAAAAGUUACUGCAAAAUAAAACUGAUACUUUCAGCUCAGGAAAUGCAGAAAAUGAUAUGGUAAGGCUGGGCGAACCGGGCUGGAGGGAGAGAUAUUAUGAGCAGAAGUUCUCAGCAAAAACUGUUGAGGAAAUGGAAAAAAUACGUAGGGAUGUUGUCGCUAAGUACACUGAAGGCCUAUGUUGGGUAAUGCAUUAUUAUUAUGGAGGUGUUUGUUCCUGGAAGUGGUUUUAUCCAUACCAUUAUGCACCUUUUGCAUCCGACCUCAAGGAUCUUGAUCAGCUGGACAUUAAGUUCGAACUGGGCUCCCCUUUUAAACCUUUCAAUCAACUUCUGGGUGUUCUUCCGGCAGCAAGUGCACAUGCUCUCCCGGAAUGCUUUAGGACCCUGAUGACAGACCCGAAUUCACCAAUAAGGGAUUUCUAUCCCGCUGGUACAAUUUUUUCGUGCAAUUGGUCUCUUUUCUGUGGAGUUGGUAUUGCAAAGUUGCCUUUUAUUGAGGAGCAUCGUCUUCUUGAUGCAAUUGCACAAUUGGAGCACACAUCGACGAAGGAAGAAAUUAGGAGAAACAGAUUUAUUUGUGACAUGAUCUUUAUGUCUGCAUCUCAUCCCCUGGCUGAGGUGAUACGUACUCUGGAAAACAGAUGCAAAACAUUGGCAGGCAGAAGACGGCGUAAGAUCACGGAAAAGAUUGACCCUGAGUUAAGUGACGGGCUGAAUGGUUACUUAGCUCUAUGUUCUGGAGAAAGCCAGUCGCCAAGUUUCAGCUCCCCAAUCAAGGGAAUGAAGGAUAUUUUAGCCAAUGAAGUCAUUUGUACUACAUACAAACUUCCAGACCAGCACAAACACGUUGCUCGCCCACCAGCAGGAGUGGUGUUCCCAGAAAAGAUGGUGAAUGCAUCGGAUUUGGUAUCUAAAUCCGCCACGUGGCACGAAGAUGUCGUACGAAGCAAAAGGAAUAACCCUCCCGGAUCCAUUUCCGGGGUUCAACUCAGGGAAGCAGCACUCAAACUCGUGCGACGUAGUAUACAGCCAAGACCCAACCAUACCGAUGUCAACUCAGAAACGAACCCGUCAGCGUUACGCCCGACUUCCGUUUUCCAGAAUGGUGGAGACUGGAAAAGGGUCCUACCGUUUCCGUGUCUACGACUGACCGCAUAAGAAUGGUAAAAAGCAACAGAAAAGGCAGAAAGGUAAAGCAGAACCAAAGAUCAAGCAAACGAACGAUAAUUCUUCGCAAAGAAAAAGAAUAGACACAGGAUUCUGAACUAAUGUCAUGCCUUUCUGGUAGUUGUUAUUUGUACCAUAGUUUAUGUUCGAGAAAAUUUUGGUCACUAAUCAAUUCCUUUAGACGUCCUAGGAGAUUUUGGUGAAACUCGAUAGCUUAUUUCGUGGUAUCUGUAUCAUCGAGGCCUUUGUAGUGAGAUUUGGGACAUUGAAUAAGUUUUCUUUCAGUUUACCGAUGAACUAA